AAUGGGAAUCUCCGGAAAUUUCUAGCAAAGUCGACCUGGCCUAUAUAUAUAGGGGAACUAAAGCUAAUUCUAGCAGACCAAACACGAUUUCAAAUUGCAAAGUGAACAGCAAAGCAGUCAAAGUUUGACUUAGUUCUAAGUAUCGGUCACAUAUAGCCGAGCCUUGAAAUAAUCUGUGUGCUAUCUUGGACAUCUUUAGAUCUAGAAAUGUUUCGUAUUGUUCGACAACCAGACUACUUUGAUGAAGUUUUACCACUUGUUCGUUUAGCAGACGAACUGGCUGGUGGCUAUGAUCCUGGUUAUAACUGCAAUGUUUCUUCGGGGGACAGCAGAGCAGUCGCUCGUCGAUAUGGAGAUUCUGAAGUUCAUAACACUGACAAGGAAUUCCGUGUUCGAAUGGACCUCCAUCACUACAAACCAGAGGAAGUGAAGAUAACCUCAGACAACACUAAGAUAACAAUCAAUGCCAAGCAUGAAGAGAAACAAGACAACCAUGGCUAUGUCUCAAGGGAGAUUACUAGAAUAUACAAAUUACCAGAGAAUGUUGAUCCAUCAUCUAUUUCUUCAACAAUGAAUGCCCAUGGUAUCCUCAACAUCAAAGUCCAGAAAAAAGCUUUAGAAGAACCAAAGGAAACUCCCAUUCCUGUUACUUUUAAGUAGCUUGUUGGCAUUUGAAGUUGCUUCAUCAUAACAGUAUUUUAUUUAUUUCAAGUUGUAAACAAGAUGUUUACCAGCUUCAUCAUUUUGUAUAUAAUU